AUGAAGGAGUCAAAGACACGAGUACCGACAGCAGGCCCAGAACCGUCUACAUCAUUAUCAACGUCGUCGAAAUCAUCAUCAUCAUCAAUAACAACACAGGAGCAACAGCACCAACCAACGAGUGAGGAUAGGACCCAGUCCACCACCUCCCAGGCCAACCUGAAUUCCAAAGGCGAAGACAAGAAUACCAGCCGAAACACCAACAAAAAACCAAAGAUGCCACCAAAACCGACCCCCACGCACUUCCUCUGCAUCCCCCUCGUCACCACCGCCUCCCGACCUCAACUCACCCGCAGCCUAGCCGCCUUCAGGGAGGAGGUGACGGUCCCCAAUCCCUCCAGCGCUUACGGAGCGUUGCCGAUACCAGAGGAAGCCAUCAGGCCUGUGGGAACUAUUCAUUUGACGUUGGGGGUUAUGAGUUUCUUGGAGCCCAAGGUUGGGAAACCUGCUAGGUGUGGUCCUGAUAGGGGGGAUGCGGGAAGUGGGGGCAAGGAAGGAGAAGAAUAUGGGAAGGGAAGAAGGGAAAGGAGUGGGAGUAGGAGUGGCAGUAGGAGUGGCAGUAGUAGGGAACAGUCACCGAGUGGAGGUGGAGGUGGAGGUGGAGGUGGAGGUGAAAGUCUGAGCGGGCUAAGGAAGCUGGAAGAAGCCAAGGCUCUGUUGAAGAGCUUGAGGCUGAGAGAAAUUUGGCAGGAGGUGUUGAGGCAGUCACAGACACAGGUGACGGCGGUACCGGUGCUCCGAGAUGACGACAGUGACCACGAUGGUGGUGCACCCCUCGCUGUUGGCACGGCGGAAGAGAAGGGUGAGGGACUGGAGGCUGGGCCGGGGACGGCUGUUGGGGAUGUCCAACCUCAGUCUCGGUCUGGAACAGGAAAGAAGACAGACGAAGAAGAAGAAGAAGGUCUGAAAAUCACGUUAAGAGGUCUUCACGCGAUGCAACCACCUUCCAAAGCAGCGGUCCUUUACGCGCCACCCGUUGACCCGCUCGGCCACCUCCAGCGGUUUUGCGAAAAGGUCAAGGACAAGUUUGUGCAGAAGGGGCUGAUGAUGGAGGAAGGCGGGAGACCGCUCUUGUUGCAUGCCACGGUUGUUAAUACGAUUUAUGUGAAGGGUAGGAAGGGUCAGCAGCAAGGAGGAGGAGGAGGAGGCAAUAGGGGAGCGAAGAAGGGAGGUCAUGGUCACGGUCAACACGGCGGUCAUAGAGGGGGCAGAAAAGAAAGACUGACGAUUGACGCGAGAGAGAUUCUAGAGAGGUACGAGGAGUAUACGUGGAUGGAAGACGUCAAGAUGGAAAAGGUGGCUAUUUGCAAGAUGGGGGCGAAGAAGGAGAUUGGGGUGAAUGGGGUGGUGGUUGAUGAGGCUUAUGAGGUUGAGGAGGAGGUUGACUUUUAG